AGGCUUCACUCUUCACACUUUCACUACAGCUCCAGCAGCACUUGCUACUUUCUUUGAAAGCUCAUCAAACCAUUGGAGUUGAUCUCGUUUGCAUUUCUUUUUGAAUUAUUUUACUAGCAAACAAGUUAUGGCAUUUUUACCCAAAGCCCUUCUUCUGCUGCUGCUUGCAGUAGUUUGUAUUCAACUGAGUGGAGUUCAAGCUGAAAUACGUGUCAGGUGCUGGUGUCCGGAAACUAAGAAAUAUGUCCGAAAGGAAACUAUUGAAGAGUUCUCCGUUUUCAAUAAAACAUCACAGUGCAACAAUGUAGAAAUCAUACUGACACUAAAACCUGUGAAUAAUUCAAAUGAAGUCAUUCAGCGCUGCCUGAAUCCAAAUUCAGCGCAAGGCAAGAACCUGCAGACUUGCUGGAAGAGCAGGAACACCAAUAACACCGCCACUUUUAAGAUAUCCAAUUGCCAAUUGCCACAAAAUGCCUAAAGCCAUAAAUGAAAGUGCGGAAGAGCAAGGGAGGACUGAACGGGGAAUUUGGAAACUCCAAAAACCCUGCGAGUGGAAUUCCAUCCUGUCACAUGACCCGGCACUGCCAAUCAGAAUCCUGGGAUCUGAGUGUUGGCCUCAUGCAGCUAAAUGGGAAAUCACAGAAGACCUGAAAACACCAGGACGGCCGCCAGUAACUGCCGGACGCAGAUGUUGUCGACAAAAGCAUUUGAAUUAGAAUUCACUUGCUGUAUGACUGAAACACUGAAUGUAUCAUUACUCCAAGCAGUAUUUAAACUAUAUUUAAAUGGUUGUAUGAAUUAACUUAUUUUAAAAUGUUUCAUGUUAAAAUGUGCAGUUGUUACAAAGAGACUAUUUUGUCUAAUCAGACCCUUUAAUGUUAUUUGUCCGAUGUGUUAAGAUUGAUUCAGUCAUAUUACAUCUUCUUCUUUUCUUUUUUUUUUUUACAUGACGCUUGUUAAAACAUGAAGUAUAUUUUUAGGCUACCUUUCAAAAUACUUUUGUACUGUUUUGUAAUAAAUUGCAUAAAUCCAA